UCAUCUUCUGCAAUCACUGAAUUCCUCUGCUUAGGAACUGAAGAGAGAGAGAGAGAGAAAAUGCGACCAACUCCGUUAGAUGCCGACGACACCGUCCGCUUCCACGCGCCGCCUCCACCGCCGUGCCACGACUUCCGCGCGUGUUCUUGGCGGCCGUACUCCAAUUCCAAGGAUUUCGAAGCUAACGCCGCCGUCGUCGUCAUCAUUCUCCUCUGCGGCCUCAUCUGCGCCCUCGCUCUCAACACCGCCAUCCGCUGCUUCCUCCGCCGCGACGGCCGCCGUGAUGAUCCGUCCGACGGUAAUGGUCUUUCUCAAGCCGGCCAGCAGCAGGAACUUCGCGACGAGCCGAAGCCGAUUUUACUGGACACAUUGAAGAUGGCUCCGGCGCUGGUUUUUUCGGCGGAGAUGAAGCCGAAGCUCGCCGGAGCGGAGGCGGAGUGUACGAUUUGCUUGACGGAGUUCUCGGAGGGGGAAGAGAUUCGAGUAUUGUCGAUUUGUAAGCACGGAUUUCACGUGCAGUGCAUUCAAACGUGGUUAAUUUUGCAUUCUUCUUGUCCGACUUGCCGCCGGAGCUACCUUCCUCCCUCGCCGUCGUCCUCCGAGCACAGCGGCGACGGCGACGGCGACGGCGACGGCAACCACUGCCCCUGAGAUUAAAUUUGAAAUACCCAAAUUUCUCCCGGUAGUCGCCGUCGUAGCUGUCUAGCAGCAGUUCGAAUUGAGCGUUUGCUUUUUUUUAUUGCAA